AUGAAGUUCACUAUCAACAGAGUGUUAUUUAUUGUAUUGCUGGCUUCUGAGGACCGAGGAGACAUUAUUACUCGUCAUACAAACGUAAAAUGUGAAGUAAUUGACAAGUCGUUUGUGGAGUUUCCUGUGUGUAAUCUUAAAGUUGGGCGUGGCAUAAUCGCAGAAAAUCUGUACAUCAAAAUCCUGAAACUUCCUAUCAAAAGUAUUAUGGUUAACUUUGGUGUCUAUAGGAAAUUAUCGGGUUACCACCCGUUUCUAUUCAACGUCUCAGUUGACUUUUGCCACUCUAAGCAUCCGAAUCCCCUUAGUAUCUUUCACAUUUUCUUCCCUUCAGUGAAGCCCUAUAGUAAUUUAAACCAUACGUGUCCGUAUAACGUGAGUACUACAACUCACAACAUUAUCCUUAAGUACUUUGUAUUAACUGAUCAAAUGUACUCAAAAAAUCCUUUUCCAAAAGGCAACUACGUGUUCAGUAUUAAAGUGACCACCGAAGGUGUGUGGAGAGGCGUCGUUCAUGCAUACUUUUACGUUAAUGUGGACAAUAACCCAAACAUACAUUUUUAG